GGAUAUAUGCCAAUUUAUCAUCAAAGUGGAAAAAGAGAGUUGAAAAAGAAAGCAAAAGGACACCUGGGGAUGCAGCUGCAGAGAUUUCCUUUUCCCUUAGCCAUUCAAGUUAAAAGCCGGUCGUUGUCCAUUGCUAUCGUUGUCAAAUUCGAAAACUUGACAAUGGCAGCUUCAUCAAUCUUCUUUUUGCUCUUCCUAUAUCUGUUAGCAUUUUCCUCCAUUGCAGAUGGGGAGCAAGUCAUACUAGUGAACAACUGCAGGGAAAGCAUUUGGCCUGGGAUACUUGGCGGUGCAGGUCGGUCCAGUCCUAAAAAUGGCGGCUUCCAUCUUGGUAGCGGUGAAGAAGUAGUUUUAGACGUUCCACAGAAGUGGUCAGGGAGGAUAUGGGGCAGGCAAGGUUGUCAUUUCGACAGUAAUGGAAAGGGUUCUUGUGAUACCGGUGACUGCUCUGGAAGGCUUCAGUGCCAAGGAACGGGCGGUGUACCGCCUGCAACCGUGAUAGAAAUGACUCUCGGCUCAUCUUCUUCACCUUUGCAUUUCUACGAUGUUAGUUUGGUUGAUGGCUUUAAUUUGCCGGUUUCAAUGAAACCGGUCGGGGGAGGAAUCGGAUGCGGAGUUGCAUCGUGCGAAGUUGAUUUGAACGUUUGCUGCCCCUCAGCAUUGGAAGUGAAGAAAGGUGCCACGGUAAUAGGAUGCAAGAGUGCUUGCCUGGCCAUGCAAUCAGCUAAAUAUUGCUGCACCGGGGAGUAUGCAAAUCCGAAGACCUGCAAGCCGACGCUCUUUGCACACCUCUUCAAGGCUAUCUGCCCAAAGGCUUAUAGCUAUGCUUUUGAUGACACUAGCAGCCUAAAUAAAUGCAGAGCGUCACGUUAUGUUAUCACUUUCUGCCCUCCUAAAUGAGCAAUGACAAAGAAGUAACAAGCUCGACGCCGUUGCAGUGUUAGGAAGUCGACGCCACCGCAAAUAGAUUGCUUUUUAUGAUUUCUACCGAUAGUUAUUAGUUCAAAAGCAGAUGGAUCAGUUAAUGUCUUCCCUUCAUCUUAGGAGUACGAAGAUCUGUCAAUAAUGAAAUGGAUGGAAAUAUUAAUUCUCCCUAUGUUUUAAAAUGUA